UAUAUAUUUCAUUAUAUGUUGUAUGCAUAUAUUUAAUAAGUUUAAAUUUUUAUUUAAGUGGCCGCUCAAUUCCUCUUUGGUGACUGGCAAACAUAUUUAAAGCUGUGUUUUCUCGACACUAAAAUUCUCGAAGCGAAAUCAAGAAUCGCACGCGGGAAGCCUGUUAGAUACUACACUAGACCAAUCUGAAUUAGGCUUAAUAUUAACAUUAGGAUAACUUCCUAUGAGCCAACGAAACAAUCGAAUGCUUGUACCCAUGGUAAAAUGGCGUGUCUGAAGAGCACCCGCAAGACGUACAGCUUCGAAGAACGGAAACUCCUGAUAUCGCUGAUAAACAAACACGACGUUAUUCAGGAUAGGAAAUUGGACCCGAUCUCUAUGUGCAAACGGAAAUCGGCGUGGAAGCGAAUCGCCGAGGAGUACAACUUAACGGUAGGGUCUCAGGGUGCACGUACCGCCGUACAGCUCAAACGUUGCUGGGAGAAUAUGAAGGCCUGCAAGCGUAAUCACGAGGAAAAGAAACUUCGUGAUAAUACGAAGGUAAUUUGUCAAACGACAAAGGACAAAAGGUGGGCGAGGAAUCAGUGCUGGGAAGGUAUAACUUGUAGCCAGAAUAUGUCGGAAGCGGCGGUGUCUACCGGAAACGGCGGUUUGCCACCGAAUGUAGUAUUCGAGCCGAAGGACUCAGAACCAUUCACGUUGCAAAGUGUCUGCACUGCCGGAUCUCAAAAUCCAAAUUGCCUGAAGAAAGACGCAGAUAGUCGCAGAGAUUUAAAUUUUGACGGUGUAUUCAAGCAAAUAAUCGCCGAUAGAAAUAAACACGUUGAUAUUGCACCACCCUCUGAUUCAGUGGAUGACUAUUUUAAAAGAUUCGUAACAAAAAGAAACUUGAAUUCCCCUACGAUCGGUCAGUCAACGGAAAAUAAUAAAAUCGGAAAAGUCGCAUGCCGAGAAAUUCAUGCAAAUGCGGGACCGAGUGACCUGUACACGUCCAUUUCGCCUUGCGUUGUGCAAGGGCACAAUCGCAACGGGAAAUCCAUGCAGCGAGAAGAGGAGCUGCAUGUAUUGGCGCUUUCGGAGGCGCAGAUGAAGGUCGACAUCGCUGCCAUGUUGAAGGAGGAGGCAAGGAUCAAGCUGGAGGAGGCUCACUAUCGCAAGGAGGAGGCCAGGCUUAAAAUGCUGUUUUUUACUUACAAAUUGAACAGGAUUAAAAAUGAGUAAAGGACAGCGGAUAAUUUUGUUGGAUAUAC